AUGCAUUUUUACUUUUUUCAUAUCUUGACUUCCCUAUCACUUUCUCCUCUACUCAUCAUCGUUUUAUCUAUCUAUCUAUCUAUCUAUCUAUCUAUCUAUCUAUCUAUCUAUCACAAUAUCUAUCUCCAUUUAUUCUUUCUCUUUCUCUCGUUCGUUCUUUCUUUCUUUCUUUCUUUCUUUCUUUCUUUCUUUCUUUCUUUUUCUUUUUUUCUUUCUUUCUUUUUUUUUUUUUCUUUCUCAUUUCUCUUUCUUUCUUUCGUUCUAUCUCUUUCUUUCGUUCUUUCUUUCUUUCUUUUCGUCUAUCUCAUUCUCUUCUCUCGUUCUUUCUUUUUUCUUUCUUUCUUUUCUUCUCUUUCUUCGUCUAUCUCAUUCUCUAUCUCGUUUUACUUUUUCUUUCUUUCUUUCUUUCUUUCUUUCUUCGUCUAUCUCAUUCUCUAUCUCAGGUUUCUAUCUUGUUAUUUUCUUUCUUUAUUCUUUCUGUCCUUUUUCCUUUCUUUCUUUAUUCACAUAUUUAUUGGUUUCUUUUGCGUUAUUUUCUUUCUUUUUUUCUUUCUUUCUUUCUUUCUGUCUUUCUUUCUCCGCAUAUUUAUAGGUUUCUAUAUUUUUAUCUUCUUUCUUUCUUCACAUAUUUAUAGAUUUCUGUCGCGUUAUUUUUUCUUCUUUCUUUCUUUCUUUUUUCUUUCUUCCUUUCUUCACAUAUUUAAGGUUUCUAUCUUGUUCUUUUCUUCUUUCUUUCUUUUUUCUUUAUUUCUCAUAUUUAUAGGCCUCUAUCGCGUUAUUUUCUUUCUUUCUUUCUUUCUUUCAUUCUUUCUUUCUCCACAUAUUUAUAAGCCUCUAUCUCGUUAUCUUCUUUCUUUCACCCUUUUGAGGACAAAUAUGACAUAA